GGGCUGAGACCUUAAAUUACAGUGUUAAGAAAGAAAAACGCCGAGUCCCUUUGGCUGUUCCCCAUCCACACCAGCCCUGCAGACCCAGUUGAAGCUGUCACCUCCUAUUGCAGCGUGCUGUUGUUCAGCAGCCACAAAGCCUGAAAGAGGACUACGAGGGGACAAAACCAGACGUGUGGUUUCGGCUUCAGUCGGCAGAGGGAGUACAGACACCUGAAUACAGUUGCCACGCAGGGCCACGUGUGACAGCUGCUCUGAUCCCUCUUUUGUCUGCAGGAAAGAUUCCAGAGAUCUCCAAGAAGUUCAGGCCUCUCAGAAAGAGCUUCAGUGUCCUGUGCAAAAUGAUUAGUUCAGAAACAGUCAUCCCUGAUGUCAAACAGAUGAUCAGAUUAGAACUGGAACCAGCAGAGUGCCUACUGGAAGAAACCAGAAAGCUCUUCAAUCAAAUAUCCCUUUAGAGCACCCCCACAUGUUAUCAUGGGCUCAAUGGAAAGAGAGGCAGCCCUGAAACGCCGUAUCAAACAGCUAUUGAGUUUGUUCAGAUAAGUUUCUUUUCAACUGAGAGUUGAGGGCUGUCUCAUACUAUUUGUUUUUCCUAAAUAGAAUGAACAUAGCUACAGCUGCAAUAUGAUUAUCUUAAUGACCUCUAAUGUAUUCUGGCUUUGUCUUCCACACGUUAAUUUCUACUUGUUAGCUCCUCAGAUUUCUCCAGCUUCUAUAGAUGGUAACACAGUUUGCCUCUUUUCCUUCAUUCUUUUUUGUCUUCACAACUAACAAGCUGGCAUUUCCCACUGGCCCGAUCUGAAGUGCGUACUGUGCAUUUACAUUGUCUGAAGUCCUGACUGCAAUGCAUGCUGGCGUGACCAAGCCCUGACAUUUGCAGAGAAGGAAAAAAAGAAAAGCAGGCCAAGCAUUACUCAGUCUGUUUGUGCAUGCAGCGGGUCGCCCUACUCUGAACAGUGGUGCUUAGUGCUUUUGCUCUGUUUGAAGGGAUAGAAAAUGUGCUUCUUGUGCCAAGUGCAGUGUAACGCAGUUCUAUUCAGGAACAUCAGGCAUAAUUACUGUGUCUCCUGUUUCUAAACAUCAUUCUCGUGUGUCUGUGCCUUCUGUUGUGGAAUGGAGCAUGUGCGUACUUUAUGGGAGCUGCAAGGACUGACAGGUCAGUGGUUGGAGUGCACCCAGCAGGUCAGGGCUCAGUCAUCACUUCUGUCAUGACUGAAAAGGACUGAGAGGCUGCAGCAUUCAUUGGGCUCACCUGAGAGGGUUUAGGAUGGAGGCAAACACUAAAGAAGGCACCAGGAGCUGCUUUAAUGUGUGGCGACCGCAUUUAUUCUGGUCAGCUCCAAGCACUUUACUGAUUAGUUCAGCGGAAUUGCUUCUCUUUCACUGCUCAUGAAGGCAGCUGAGAUGAAGGGAGCUUCCAUUUUAUGGUGGCAAUAAAACUAGAAAAUAGAUUGGAGUGCAAUUUUCAUGUAUCGCUAUGAGAAGAGACCAAACAUGUUGCAUCCACACCCACAAACACCGACUCGGGUUUGGAUGCAGGGAAGAUACCAGGAAGCUCAGUGAGCUGCCAGUUGAAGCAGAGGCGUUGGUGUCGGGUGCGUCGGGUUCUAUUUUUGACUUGGACCAAGCAUUUCUUUUUGAUUCAGCUUUCCCAUCUGCAGGAUGGAAAAUAAGGCUGUUAGCGGGUGGAUGGUGGGCACAGUGGGGCUGUGCUGAUGGCUGGAUGGGUUGAUCUUAGUGGCCUUUCCCAGCCCUCCUGAUCCCAUAUCUCCAUAUCCCAGCACCGCGUGCUUCCAUCCAACAUCUCCAGCUCUGGGAUUACCAGCAGAUGGGUGGUGAAGGCCAAGCAGCAGCCAUCAGCUCAGCCCUCCCUUCCUACCCGAAGUACCUCCAACUCUUGUUCCUUUCGCACCACUGACAGCUGCUACAACGUGACUUAAGGGAGCCCCUCCCUUCCAAAGCCCCAACCCAGAGCCGUAUCUGUGCCGAGCAGAAGGUUAGAACCAGGGUCGGUGUUUUUCUCUCCGCUCUUUAAGGUCUGUGGCAAUGGAAGAAGAGACCCAACAUCAAGGUGCCUGAGCACUGAAAGCAGGACAGCACUUGGAGACACUGGUAGCACCAACCUGAGAUACAGAGGCAGCAACCAUGCUGAAGCCAAGUGGACUUAAAAUCCCUGGCAGGGCAGGGAAGCACUCCAGCCCUGUGGGACGGGCAUCAGGGACAGCAGCAGCGACUGUCACCACUGGUACAAAGGAAGGUUCCCCUCUUCACAAGCAAAGUGCCACCUCCACCUCCAGCGCCGAGAAGUCGGGGUCGAAGGCUGCCGAGGUGGGCGAUGACUUCCUGGGAGAUUUUGUGGUGGGAGAACGCGUCUGGGUGAACGGAGUGAAGCCAGGAGUGAUCCAGUACCUUGGGGAGACACAAUUUGCUCCAGGCCAAUGGGCGGGGGUUGUGCUGGAUGACCCCGUGGGUAAGAAUGAUGGCUCUGUUGGAGGCGUGCGCUACUUCGAGUGCCAACCACUGCAGGGGAUUUUCACACGACCGUCCAAGCUGACGCGGCAGCCUGUGGCUGAGGGCUCGGGGAGCGACGUCCCCUCCGUGGAUUCACUUACAGCUCAGAACUUGUCCCUGCAUUCAGGGACGGCCACACCGCCGCUCUCCACUCGUGUCAUCCCCCUACGAGAGAGCGUCCUCAACAGCGCCAUGAAGACGGGCAAUGAGUCGGGAUCCAACCUGUCGGACAGUGGGUCUGUGAAGAAAGGGGAGAAGGACCUGCGGCUUGGAGACCGUGUGCUGGUCGGUGGGACCAAGACAGGAGUUGUGCGCUACGUGGGAGAGACAGAUUUUGCCAAAGGAGAGUGGUGUGGCGUGGAGCUGGAUGAGCCCCUGGGGAAGAACGAUGGGGCUGUGGCUGGGACAAGGUAUUUUCAGUGCCCUCACAAGUUCGGCCUCUUUGCUCCCAUCCACAAGGUGAUUCGGAUUGGGUUUCCAUCAACCAGCCCUGCCAAGGCAAAGAAGAGCAAGCGGAUGGCCAUGGGAGUGUCUGCCCUAACCCACAGCCCCAGCAGCUCCUCCAUCAGUUCCGUCAGCUCCGUGGCUUCAUCUGUUGGGGGCAGGCCCAGCCGCAGUGGGUUGCUGACGGAGACCUCCUCUCGUUACGCCCGUAAAAUCUCUGGCACUACAGCUCUCCAGGAGGCUCUGAAGGAGAAGCAGCAGCACAUCGAGCAGCUGCUGGCAGAGCGUGACCUGGAGCGGGCUGAGGUGGCCAAAGCCACCAGCCACAUCUGUGAGGUGGAGAAGGAGAUCGCCAUCAUGAAGGCCCAACAUGAGCAGUAUGUCACAGAGGCAGAGGGGAAUCUCCAGCGAGCACGAGCGCUGGUGGACGGGAUGCAGAAGGAGAAGAUUGAACUGCUGAACCAACUGGAAGAGGAGAAGAGGAAAGUGGAGGACUUGCAGUUCCGUGUGGAAGAAGAAUCCAUUACCAAGGGGGAUUUGGAGACUCAGACGCAGUUGGAGCAUGCCCGAAUACGGGAGCUCGAGCAGAGCCUGCUGUUUGAGAAGGCACAGGCUGAGAAACUCCUCAAAGAAUUAGAGGACACCAGGCUCACCACGGUGGCGGAGCAGUCCCGGAUCCUGCAGCUGGAGGAGGAGCUGAGCCUGCGGCGCAGUGAGGUGGAUGAGCUGCGGCAGUGCUUGCGGAGCUCACACCAGGCAGAGACCCCCGAGCACAGCCUUGGUUUGCAGUCUGAGGCACUUCGUCUGAGGGAUCAGCUGCUGUCUGCCAACAAGGAGCACCAGAAGGAGAGCAGCCAGCUGAAAGAGAAGUAUGAGAAGACGUUAAAGAAGUACCAGCAGGAGAUGGAGAAGCUGAAAGCCGUCAAUGAGAAGUAUUCGCAAGAAAUUGUUGACUUAAAGCAUAAGGUUCAACAGGCCACCAAUGAGAAUAUGGGGCUGAUGGACAAUUGGAAGUCCAAGCUGGACACGUUAGCUUCUGACCACCAGAAGUCUCUGGAGGACCUUAAAGCCACAUUGAACACAGGCCCUGACACCCAGCACAAGGAGAUCGUGGAGCUGAAGGCGGUGGUGGAGAGCAUCAAGAUGGAGCACCAGCUUGAGCUGGAGAACCUGAAGGCAAAGCAUGACAUUGAGACGGCUGUUCACAUAAAGGAGAAAGAGAGCCUCAAGCUGAAGCUGCAGGAGGCUGUGGAUGAAGUGGAAAAAAGUAACAGCAACUGGAAAAUGCAACUGGAAACCAAAAGCAAUCAGCACCUUCUCGAGCUCCAAGAUGUGAAGGACAAGUGCCGGGAUGCUGAGCUGAGGGUGCAUGAACUGGAGAAACUUCACAGCGAAUACAAAGAUCAGACACAAGCAAUAGCUUUCUUGAAAGAGCAGAUUUCUUUAGCUGAGAAGAAGAUGUUGGACUAUGAAACGCUACAGAAAACAGAAGCCCAGAGCAAACAGGAGAUCCACAGAUUGCAGGAAAAAGUGCUUGUCUUAGAGAACAAGCUGCAGUCCAUGGAAGCCUUACAUCCUUCUCAGCAUGCAAAUAUGAUUGAAACUAAUGACAUUUCAGAAGAGAAGAUAAGGAUGAAGCAGACCAUGGAAGACCUUCAAGAUAAACUGAGUAAAAGAGACAAAGAGGUGUCCUCGCUGGUGUCCCAGACUGAAGCCCUAAGGGCCCAAGUAAGUGCUUUGGAAAACAAAUGCAAAACCGCAGAAAAGAAGGCAGAUUCAGUGUUAAAAGAAAAGAAGAGGCUGGAAGGGGAGCUGGAAGCCUUGACCAAGAAAACACACGAUGCAUCGGGGCAGCUGGUCCUGAUCAGCCAGGAGCUCCUCAAGAAGGAAAGGAGCCUGAAUGAGCUCAGAGCGCUGCUGCUGGAGGCGAACCGGCACUCACCUGGGCCUGAGCGUGACCUGAGCCGGGAGGUGCACAAGGCUGAGUGGAGGCUGAAGGAACAGAAGCUCAAAGAUGACAUCAAAGGGCUGAGAGAGAAGCUGGUUGUGCUGGACAAGGAGAAGUCAGUGACAGACCAGAGGCGGUUCUCCCUGAUUGACCCCUCAUCAGAGUCGGAGGUGAUCCGGCUGCAGCACCGCCUGGUCAGCACUGAGGAUGUGCUGCGCAAUGCACUGGAGCAGGGACACCAGAUGGAGAAGCUGAUGGAAGCCAUGAGACUUUCCUCGGAGAAAACACAGCCUGUUGGAAAUUCUGGGUCUGCUAAUGGGAUUCACCAGCAGGAUAAAUCUCACAAGCAAGAGGAGAAGCUCUGAUAGAGGAGAGGUGAAGAGGAUCAUUUCAUGCCGGUAUCAGCUCCUGUGCACAGUCAGGAAAAACAAAACCACAUCUGGCUUUAGCACCUCCAAAAGACUAGACACAGUAUUUUCACUUUAAAGAAGGACAGUGUUUAUUAUGUACUAACGGAUGUAAUCGGGACAAUCCUGGAGCCCAGUUUUCCAAGACAGCUGUUGUUCCAGGAGGGAGCAGGAAGAUCUCUCUGGGUUUGGUUUCUUACCUGUAUUGGUUUUGACUGUGGAAUUUGUGUUGCUUGAGCUGCCCUUGUCCCACCAGCAGUCUGAAUGCUGGCUGCACCCUAUGGUAGCUGAGGUGUCGGUGAGUCCCAGCAGCCCCACAGUAGCUGCAAAAGGAUUUGCUCACAGUGUUGAACACAAAAGCACGUCCUGAGGCUGCACGCUGCCCACAUGGUCUUUCCCUUCCCUCCCACUCACCCCAAAGACCUGCAUAGUGAAACCUGCUGGGCUGGCGGCUCACUGGGACGUGUAGGCUGAGAUGGGGCGUGUGUGCGUGUGUUUCCUUCCUUGCCUUGUAGAAGACAUAUCUGGUUCUGCAGCGUGGAGGCUUCACUUGGUACUUGUAUCGUAGCGUGUCAUGAGAGAUGGUCUGAUUUCAGAGGGGUUAUUUAUUUUGUUUCUCACCUGCUGCAGUUUGGGGAAGGAGUGAUGGUGUGUCCCUGCAGAGAACCAGACAGGGAUGCUCUUCUGAUCCAUUGCAUCUGUAUGGGGGAGAUUUGGAGCACCAGACCCAGACAGCAGCUCGCUGCUGGGAGUGCUCGUUCAGUAGGGGCUGUCUGCAUUUGAUGGCUACAGAAAUCCUGUGUGUGACAUGAACAGAAGCAAUUGGAGCAGAAGGAAUCCAAGGCGAGAGCCCACACAGCUCUCAUGUCUGUGCACAGCAUUGCAGGCUCAGGAAAGCACCCAAAUUUACAUCUGGAAUCCUGAGUGCUCAGAGCAGCAGGUGGGUGCUGCCGUGUCCUUCUGCUGUGGUUCUGGUGCUGGCUGGCAAAGGAAGGGAGCACAGUUUGCUUGGUUGGUUGUUCCUUCUGCUGGAGGCUUUGCUCCUCUCUCCAUCUUUGCGCUGGAGCUCAUCAGUAUGUGUGCAUUAAGGGGAGAAUGUGCUCUUAAAGCUGUGAGGCAGCACCCCAUGAACAUCCAGUUCAGAUUCACUGUUGGUUGCCACAGCAAAAACAGGGGAAAACAGCAGCAGUCUUUUCUCAGGCUUCCCCUGGUGCCUGAAUCCUCCAGGUCUCAGUUCUCCUGGUACAAUGGGGGGCUCCUGUGAAAGAGGACAAGAUAGAAAAGGGCACUGGGAGAGAUCUGAGCCAGGCCAUGGGCAGAUGAGCAUCACUGCAUGUCAGCUUCAUUCCUUUUUGCCCUUAUUUCCUAUGAAGUUGUGCAAUUCUUGUUAGCGGGUUGCCAGAUUGAUGUAAUGCUGGACCCUGCUCACUGGUUGCAGGGUUGAUGAGUUCUUCUGUUCAAAGGGAGCAGGAGAGGAGGAGGAGGAGGAGGUGACUUCAGGGAGUGCAGCAGGUCAGCAGACACAGCUACAUCUGGCUUAAGGAAGGGCAUGGGAUCCAUUGACUGGAAAUGAUGCUGUUGGUAUCUCAUCCUGCCUGGUGGAAUCAUUUAAUCAGUUCUGACUUGCCACCAGGAUGAUCAUCACCGACCUGCCCAGCACUGGGACUUUCCAGGGGACCAAAAUCCUGGUUGGUGUAUUUCAUUGCUCAGGAAAAUCCCAGGGACAACUUUCCUUGUUCCAGUUUGCAGCAGCCAACACCUCAGUGCUGUUCCUGAGAAUUCAGGGUUGGUGCUCCCCAAAGUUCCCCAAAGUUCUCCCGAAUCCCCACAGCAGCUCCUGGUGCAGGCGGACGAGCCUCCAUUCUUUCCUUACUUACAUUUCCCUUGAUGGGUUUUUUAGUGACUUCCUCUAUAGGUGAAAGAUGGCUCGAGUUUUCCUCUUCCCUUGGUGAACUCUUGCUGUACACAGGGCAGGAUCCCCAGGAGUGUUUAUGAGGAGCACGCUCCAUUAAUUCAUUGCUGCUGCAGCUUCUCCAAGGCAGCAGCAGCAGGUAGAGCAGAAGUGGUCUAAAGUGAAUGCUGCUGGUCUUCCCUGGCUGUAUGUAGCUGUGCUGUUCCAUGCAGCCCAGCCAGGAGCUCUCCUGGGCCCUGCAGUGUGGCCGUGCUGACAUGGGCAGCAGGGUGUAACUUGGUCCUUGUGUGCAGGUCUGUGGGAGCUGCUCGCUGGGCACAGGACGUGCUGUCACACAUCUGGGUUCCACCUCAGUGCUGAGAGGUGGCUGGGGCCAAGGUGGGAGCUCUGCUGGGACCUCCAGGGGCAGGCAGAGUCCAAAGUGUGGACACGCUGAGAAAGGGCAAGGAGGACGUUCCCCAGCCCCUCUAUUUAUUUGUAAGUUUAAUUGCUAUUUUUUGCCUAUAUGUGGUGGUGUAUAAAGUAUUUCACAAUAUUCGGUCUUACUGGCUUUGUUCUUUGGGGGGAGAUGUCCAAGGGCAUCGCAGCACGGACGCACCCAUCCCUUGUUGGUGGCCAGGGACCGGCUCAGUUUGUGCCUUUACUCCAUCUCCAGCCCCGAGGGCGGUGCGGGGGCUGCAUCCCACCCUGCUGAGUGAUGGGCUUCUGCUGAAGGCUGAGACAUUGUCAGGUACACCACGUCUCUGUUUGCUGAUUCCUUCUCUCUAACCCUCUCAACCAAAGGGAAAAAAUGGGGUAAAUCAGUGUUGGGUGAGUUCAGCUUUAUCCCUCCUGCAGUACCCGGAGCUGAGGGAUGGGUGCUGAGGCUCUGUGCCAUUGCCUCCCCCAUCUGCCUUGCAGUAGAGAUGCAUGAGGGUUUUGUUAUAACAAAAAGAUGCAGCUGGCACUGUAGAAGUCUUAACAGAAAAUCCAAUACUCCGUUGUUCUGCAGCUUUAGCAGCUCAGCACUAUCUUGUAGGGAAUGAUUAAUACACUAAGAUCCUGUAGGCCUCAUGUAAGUUACCAGAAUAAAGAUGUUACUAGAUGUAUAAAUGGAUGAUAACCUUUUACCCGUACAGUAUGUAUGACAAUUUUGUAGAUUAGUCCUUUUUUGGCUAUCAGAUUUUGUUAGUAUGAUUAUAUAUAUAUAUCUAUAUAUAUAUAUAAAAAACAAAAAGACAAAAAAAAAGAAAAGGUUGGACUGCUAAUGUCUAUUUUGUUAUUUGAUUCAUUUUAUUUCUUCUGUACAAAAGCUGUACAAAUCUCAAUCUGUGUAACUCAUCCCCAUCUGUAUCCAUGUACAACCCCCCAAUCCUGGCUUGCUGCUGUUGGUGAGCUCAUUACUAAACAAUAAAAUCUGUGGCUGAAGUUGGGUGCUGCCGUCCCUGCCCCAGCAGCCCAGGGCCCAUGAGGAUUUGUUUCUUCCCACUGUCCUUACCCUGGGCAUGGAGUGUUGGGGUCUUCCUUAAGAGGUGGAUUUGGGUUGUAGGAUCUCUUGCUGUCCCUUGCUGGGUGUCCAUCUGGGUGCCAAUGUCAGGAUAGCACCCAAACCUGGGUGUGUUUGCCAUAUGUUUUGCCUUUAUGGGCUGCUGUUCUCACCUCCGCUCUGGGCACCCAGGCCCUGCUCAGGGCUUUGCUGUCACGUAGCCCUGCCAUGCAGUUCAUCAUUGACUCUGCAAUCAGGUGCCCAAACCCCUGCUAUCUCCUGGAGAUAACACCGCAGCACGCGCCUUUGUUUGCAGACAUAACAUUUCAGCUCCGUUAAUCGUUCAGCAAAGAUUAAUAAAACAUGAAGUUUAAAGAUGCCUAAAUCACAGUGGGGGGAGCUGGUAAUCUCUGCCAACAAUAAUAUUUGCACUUUAUUUUCCCCCUCCCAUGGAGCUGAGGAGCAAAGAACCGCAAGCACACAGCAGGAUGGGGUGGUGAUGUGGGUACAGCCCUGGGCUGGGAGGGGGAAAAGAAAGGCAGUUGGUGAGCCCUAUAUGGGGACACGUGGAAAGGGCUUCUCUAUGUGGAUGCAGCCCAAAAGAUGCGACUUGCCAUGGGGUCUGUCCUAUGGGUUGUCUCUUUGAGAAGGGAUGGAUGAACCACGUGUAAGAAUGGCCCAUCCACAGUUCUGCAUGCGGGCAGUGUCUUGGUGCUGAGUAGCUGCAGGAACAAACUCAUUCCAUCACAAGGGGAAAUCUUUCCCCACCUCUCUCCUGUCUAACAAACAUCCCUGUCAAAACAGCUUAUUCUCUUCAUAUAAUAAUCUUCAUAUAUGACAAAAAGUCACCUGAAUACAUUCAGAAGCCGUGAUGCACUAUCAGAGUAAUCAGAAUUUAAUUCGAUGCAGUCAAGGCUCUAAAAAGAUGUUAUCAAGGGGAACAUCAAAGCUGGAUUCCUGCACUUGGAAAUGCAGCUGGAAUUCUUAGUCCAGAUUUCUCGUUUUAUCUGAGGCUUUCAGAAAAAAUCAAUCUAAAUAACAAAAAGAAAAGAAAAUAAAUGAAUAUUGAGAGUAUUUGCAAAUUAAUGUCUUUUGUAGCUGAACAAAGGCCACUGUCUAACCUACUUCUUUUGCAUGUCUGGGACGGUCUCUUAUUAAAUCCUAAUUAUACAAUUUUGUUGUGUCUAAUCACUUCUGCACUUGCAGAAAUUAAAACCCAAAACCUCA